UUUCACUUAGUUAUCAGCCUGUUGUGCAGUUUUGUAGAAACUAGAAGAAUUAUGCACCGUAUAAUCGCAUUUGCGUAAUCAAAGUGCAGAUCUAGGCAUACAGAAGAUUUUCAACUAACUCGGCGUGUACGAUUUAAGGGAUUUCCAUAGGUAUUCCCCGUGUAGACUGUAAAUACUAUAGGGUGUUUCCCCAAGUUUUUUGUCGUGCGUCAUCAUCAUUCCGUAGGCUUAUGGUUUAGCCUACUUUAUACCUCUUUAGCCUGUUCCUCUGUUGUCAGAUUUCAACGGUGAAAGUUUAUAGGCAUAGGCUACCGGUCAAAUUGCUAUUGCUACCAUCAACGGUAGAUCGGUCUUCAUUGCUGGAUUAUCAUACGUCACUCUUCUACCAAAGACCAUGGCUCUUUCGGAACAGCUUCAGGCCAUUAAUCAAACAGCGGAGGCUCUCAGCAGCUGUGAACGCAGGAGGCUCUUCUACCUGUGUGAAAUCUUGGACACGGACAACAGUGAGGCUUGUACGAAGGAGAUGCUGAAAUCUAAAGUGCUGUAUCACGAGAGAGGUAACCUGUUUCUGACAGAGCUGAUGUUGCAGUUAAGACGUUUUGAUAUCCUGAGGAAGGUGUACCAAACGAGCAGAGAUGAGGUGGAGAAGACUCUGAAACACAACCAGGUUCUGCCAAGAUUCAGAGUAUUGAUGGCUAAUAUAAAUGAUGAUAUGGCCAAUGAGGAUCUGAACAAUGUGAAAUUCUUGUUCAGCAGCACGUUGUCCCGUGAGCAGAUGGAAAAAGCAAAGAGUUUCUUGGAUGUGAUCAUUGAACUUGAGAAGCUGGAUAUAGUUUCACCUGAAAGAGUUGACUGUAUAGAGGAAUGUUUGAGAAACAUUGGCAGGGUCGACCUUGCCAAAAAAGUGACUGCAUACAAGAUGUCAGCUGUGACAGCUGAAGGGCAUUUAUCUCAACAGCAAAGGCACACAGCUCAUUGUCCAGUCCCCACUCCAAGUAGUUCUCUACAGCAAACAAGACAAGCACAGCCCCUCCACGUUGCCACAGAAAACAUACCGCUGCCUGUAGACAGAGAGCAGAACUGUCAGAGUCAACUAGAUUGUUACAAAUUUAACACAAAUCCUAGAGGAGUUUGUGUUAUCAUAGACUGCGUGGGUAAUGACGGAGACAUGUUGGAACAUACAUUUAAGAAUCUUCACUUCAACGUGGUCCUCUACAAGUGGCUGAGUGUGAAUGAGACUAUUUCAGCUCUCAAAGGAAUAUUGAGACAAAGAGAGAACCUUGAAGGUGACGGCUUUGUCUGUUGCAUCAUUAGCCGCGGUACGGCAAACAAUCUCCUGGGUACUGACUCGUACGCAGGUCUACAUUUGGACAUUGUCAGACGUCUUUUCACUGCUGAUGCAUGCCCCAUGCUGGCUGGCAAGCCCAAACUCUUCUUCAUCCAGAGGUACAAUGUCCCUGAGCUUCCUCCCCGUGCCAGGACAGAGCCCCGGGAUGAGGAUCUGGAGACAGAUGGGUGUGAUGCGCGGUCCAGAUGUGAUAUCAUUCCUACAGAUGCAGAUGUGUUCUGGAGUCACUGCUGGACGGAUGGACGUCAACUGGAGCAAGGACACCAUCGCUCCAUUUACCUGAAGGCUCUGACAGAUGCAUUACGCAAAGAUCAAACGAGGAAAACACAUCUUGUUGAUGUUCAUACCAAAGUGAAUGGGGCCAUCUUUGAACAUAACAAGAGGAAUCCUGGAGCACACUACAACAUCGAUCUGAAACAUACUUUAAGGAAAAAUCUUUACUUACAAUAGACCAUAACCAUCACUUCCACUAAACCCUCAAUCCUGUCAGCCUCAUAUUAAUAUAGCAUAUUCCUUGCCUGCAGACAAAACUUUUCUACUGGGUAUGCAGUGACACCUACUGGUGGUUCAUUUUAUUUAUUUUUUUUUACAGAUGAAGCAAAACUUAUUUAACAGAUUGUUUUGAUGUGUUUUUAUUUAAUAUUUUAAAUUUAUAUUGGACAUAUAUUUGGAUAGUUUCAUAACAGACAUACAAAUGUACAUGCAUGACAAAACAAUAUUGAUACAAUAACUCCUCAACUUCCCAACUGAAACCCUACUCACAACAGCAACUACAACAACAACAACAGGGAGUUACAAACAACACACCCAAUCAGAGCCUCACAACAGAAGCAAAUGUCAAUGCAAGACAAAAAGUAGAGUAAUAUAAAACUGUACAUAUACUGCAAUCAUAUAUAACUUAUUUUGUUUUCUGAAGCAUUAAUUUUAAUGCAUUUUUCUUGCCUGGUACAGUGCAGCUGAAGCAGGUAUAGUGCCUGUGUAGAAAUGUGAACAUAAAUAGUUAAAUGAAGAAAAUAACUAGUGGAAUGAAGUAAAC